CGAACAAGAGGGCCCUCCUCCACCGAAAACGGGUGGCACAGGGGGGGCAACGUUUUUGAUCCCGCUCUCCCCUGGGCCUGGGACUUGGCAAAUUGAAGCAGAGCAAAGGUCGAGGUUGUGACUGCAUAUGAAAAGCUACGAGGACAGUUCGGCCAUCUUCAUCGUCUCUGAGGAAUACGCUGGUGACCAGUUAGGCAUGGAGGUUCGCCUCCCCAGUCGCGGAGACUCGCAUGCUGCCCCAAUCCUCGCGGAGAUCAUGCCGACGAUCGGUAUGAGCUGUGCCUCGCUUUCGGCGAUGGCCGCCUCGAUCACUGCGGCCGUCAACUGCUCGUGAUUAACUUUUGAAUACCAUUCCUGCAAUUGCCUGCACGAAAGCAAAUCCUAGCAAUGUCAUGACGCCCAAGAAAAGAGGAGAGGAUGACUCUCAGCCAGCAAUCUCAAGCUUCUUCAAGCGGAAAUCACCUCCAUCAACUCGAAUAUCCGUGAUUGAGGUCCAGGACAAUACACCGAUAAUCAUUGACGAUGAUGAGCCAGAUGGCGUCGUCGAGGAGGCCAAGCUGCCUACAUCAAAGAGGCUGAAGCUGUCCGGGGAGUCCUGCGAUGGUCAGGCAAUGACCACCACUACUUCGAGCUACUUUGGAACAUCGGCGAGCUCCUCUAGGAAAACCUCUCGAUUGCCGUCAGAUGAGGGCGUGACCUCUGACCGUCCUGCCUCGUCUCGAACCAAGUCUACCCUUCUUUCCGAUUAUGCCCUUCCCAAAUCCCUGCAAGUCAUAUCGACUCCUUCGGGCAGUGCUUUCCCUACCUUUGCCACGGGAUCAGUUCCAUACUCUGGCGAGUCCAAACGUCGGACAGAGGAACAGCAGAAGAGACACGAGGCAUGGCAACGGAGAAUGGCAGAGCCCGGUGGAAUAAUACCUAGGCGAAGAUCCUUGGCACUGGAUGAGGCUGCUGCCGCCGAGGCUCGAAAAAUGUUGAUGGAUGGUGAUGAUGCAGGCGAACGCACAGGGCAGGACACCCCAGGCUUGGACCUUCUAGAUGCGAGUGAGGAGGACACAAGGACAGCUGAGAACGCGGAGAGAGUCGGAAAUCAUCUCAUGGCGAGAUUUGGAGUCAACGAAAAGUCAAAGACUGGGCGCGUGAAGAAGAAGGAGGAAGAAGUCGGUCCUAGUGGUCAGACCUACACGCCGUUGGAAAAGCAAUUCAUGGAAAUCAAAGGGGAGAAUCCAGACGUUUUGCUUUUCAUGGAAGUUGGCUACAAAUACAAAUUCCAUGGCGACGAUGCGAAGACUGCCUCGAAGGAGCUUGGCAUAGCUUGCUUUCCGAGCCGGAAUUUCUACACUGCCUCCGUACCAGUCCACCGACUUCAUGUUCACGUGAAAAAACUCAUAUCCUUGGGCUACAAAGUCGGUGUCAUAUCGCAGCUGGAGACUGCCGCUCUGAAGAAAGUCGGUGACAACAGAAAUGCACCUUUCACAAGGAAGCUCACUCAUCUGUUCACCGCCGCAACCUAUGUCGAGGACCCAUCACUUGGUUCAUCCUCCAAUAUCAUCGAUGAUCCCGUUCUACCGGGCUCUGCUCCGCCUCCCACUAAUGCAUUGGUUGCGAUCGUUGAGAAGGGCAUGGGCGGUCAGGCAGUUGACGAACGCGUCCGCAUAGCCGUCGUCAGCGUUGUCCCGUCUACAGGCGAGGUCGUUUGGGAUGAGUUUGACGAUUCGCAGGUCCGCACCGAGCUGGAAACUCGAUUGACCCAUUUGCAACCUGCUGAGCUGCUGCUUCCUAAAAUCGGAUUGAGUGCCGCAACUGAAAAGGUGCUCACGCAUUUUUCGGGACAUUCCAAAGCAAGUUCGGCUUCGAUCAGGGUCGAGCGCUUUCCCGAUGUCCCCAAGUAUGGCAAAGCUUUCAAUGACCUGACCAAGUUCUACCAUUCUCAAACUAGAGCCGGGGAGACCGUCGAUCUCACAAAAGAUGAUGUGGAUAUGAACGGAUCAGAAGGGGAGGAUGAUCUCGAGGCUACAGCCCAUGCCGGCGAUGUCGAUAUGAACGAUGGUGGAACGAUCCUGGAGCUGGUCGAUUUUCCCAAGCAAGUUGUCAUUGCGCUCCAUCUGGCUGUUCAGCAUAUGAAAACAUUCGGUCUCGAGAACGCUUUCCGACACCGCACCUCUUUCGUCAAAUUCAUCAACCGCGCUCACAUGCUGCUGUCGAGCAAUACCCUGAUCAAUUUGGAGAUCUACCGCAAUCAAACGGAUGGCAGUAUACACGGUAGCCUCCUGUGGCUUCUUGACCACACAAAGACGAGGAUGGGAAGACGACUCAUGCGGGAAUGGCUGGGAAGACCGUUACUGGAUGUCAGUGCACUGCAGGCUCGGGUUGAUGCCAUAGAAGAGAUCAUGGGCAACAAAACAUACUACAUGGAGAAACUCCGCAGCCUGCUUGUGAACAUGCCCGAUCUCAUCAAGGGUCUGACUCGGAUUCAAUACGGAAAGGCUACUCCGAAUGAGCUUGCCACCAUCCUUGUCGGACUGCAUCGUAUAGCCUCGGAAUAUAAAGCGACAGUCAAAGGAAUCUUCAAGUCCAAGCUUCUCAACAAUAUUCUUGAGAUGUUGCCUACCAUCAAGGAUACCACGAAGCGGUUUCUCGAUGCUAUCGAUAUCAAAGCGGCAAGAAACGAUGACAAGAGUGGUCUCUGGGCAGAUCCCGACAGAUAUCCAGACAUUCAGGAUGCCAAAGAUUGCAUCUCGAUUUGUGAGGCAGAAUUGAAAGAGCAUCUGCAUCAGGUCAGAAAGGUGCUGCAUCGUCCGAGUCUCAACUACGUUACUGUUGCUGGGAUCGAGUAUCUGGUCGAGGUGCCCACACGUGAUGCCAAGACCGUGCCAGCAAAAUGGGUCAAGAUCAGCGCAACCAAAACGGCCGUUCGCUUUCAUACUCCUGAGGUCUUGAACAUCAUCAAAGAGCGUGAACAACACAGGGAAACCCUUGCAGCGGUAUCGAAACAAGCCUUUCUUGAUUUCCAAGCGGACAUUUCGGAAUGCCAUUCUCUUCUGGUCGUGGCGAGGCAGAUUGCAAUCGUAGACUGCUUGAUCAGCUUGGCGCAGGUAGCAGCCGCGAGCGGCUACUGCAAGCCGACUUUCGUGGCGGAACCAUCGCUUCACAUCAAUCAAGGUAGACACCCAAUGGUAGAAAUGCUUAGGGACGAAGCAUACGUCCCGUUUGACAUCCAUUUCUCCGAGCGAGACGGUCGUGCAAAGGUUAUCACGGGGCCAAAUAUGGCUGGAAAGAGUUCUUGCGUUCGAGCGACGGCUCUCAUCGUUUGCAUGGCUCAAAUUGGAUCGUUCGUCCCGGCUGCAAGUGUGACUCUUGGCAUACAUGAUACAGUUCAGACACGUAUGGGAGCUGCGGACGAGAUUGAGCGUGGGAAGUCCACCUUCAUGGUGGAACUGUCCGAGACCAGUGACAUUCUGAGAACGAUCACGCCCCGAAGUCUGGUGAUUCUCGACGAACUUGGUCGAGGCACCAGUACCUAUGACGGUGUUGCCAUAGCUUACGCGACCCUGUCACACAUAGCCCAGGUCGGCUGCAACACGCUUUUUGUGACCCAUUACCCUGCCGCAGCGGAAGAAUUGGCCAGUGAAAUGCCGAAGCGGAUCAGUAAUUGGCAUAUGAGCUUUGAAGAGACCAAAAUGCCAGACGGCAGCAAAGAAAUAACGUUCUUAUACCAACUCAAAAGCGGUCUCGCAGAAGCCUCCUUCGGAGUUUGGUGUGCCCGCCUUGCCGGACUGUCGAACUCUGUGCUGCAGACGGCGCAGCUCCGGGCUGAUCAGAUGAAGGCUGAGACUGCUCAAAAGACCCUCUCGGCUAUCGUCUCUCGCACUCGAUCAUUGUUCAGUUCACUCAGUCCCUCAGGACAUGACUCAUUAUCAUCAGCGCAGGUUGUAGAUGCUCUUGCUUUGCAGAAGGCACUACGCUUUGUCCCGAAUUUGUGAACCUCCUUCACUCUGCCGCCAUUCAUAUCCGCAUCCAGAUUAACCCUUUUUGAUAUGCUCCUUGUAGCCUUUUCUCCAUAUCACAAACAUACUGCAUUGCUUCAAGCU